AAAAAAUAAUAUCUCCCCACCUCAAACCUAUUUAUAAACACAUCUCCCUCCGGUCAUCCCGUCUUCUCCUCCUUGUCGUCAGUUUCUCUUUCUUCUCGCCGGAGAGAAAUCAAAGUCCAAUCAAUUUCGAAAUCUCAGCCCGAAAAUGGAUCAGAUCGAGUCCGUCGAGUACAAUGCCUUCGAAACCACCAACGGAAACUCUCACACCGACCACGGAUGGAAGAAAGUAGUCUACCCGAAACGCAACCGGAAGCAGAAACCGGCGGAUCAAACGACCUCCGGAACCCACGUUCCCAACGGUGCAUUAUCCAACGGAGACAAUGUCUUCCGCUCCCUCGAGGAGCAAGCCGAAGAUCGCCGUCGACGGAUCCUCGCCGCGAAGAAAGCCGCCGACGCCUCGGACGAUUCCGAUCUGGCGAGAUCUAAGCGCCGAUCCAACGGUUACGACGACGAGGGGUAUGGUUACGGCGACAGCGAGGGUGAGAUCGGUGCUGGGAAGGAGAAUGCGAAGGUGGAGGGAGCUAAGAAGCCGAAGGUGAAGAAGGAGAAGAAGCCUAAGGUGACUUUAGCUGAAGCUGCUGCGAAGAUCGACGCGUCGAAUCUCGAAGCGUUCCUCGUCGAAGCUUCGGAAUCGUAUGCGAGUCAGCCGGAGAUUCAGCUAAUGAGAUUUGCUGAUUACUUUGGGAGAGCUCUCUCUGGAGUCUCCUCAUCUCAUUUCCCGUGGGUGAAGACGUUCAAGGAGUCUCCUUUGUCUAAGCUUAUCGAUAUUCCUCUCUCUCAUAUCCCUGAGGCUGUUUAUAAAACAUCAGCGGAUUGGAUCAACCAACGGCCUAUUCAGGCACUUGGAUCGUUUGUAUUGUGGGCCUUGGAUUGCAUUCUUGCAGACUUGGCUGUACAGCAAGGAGGCGCCAAGGGUGGUAAGAAGGGCGCACAACAUGCUACUUCAAAGUCUCAGGUUGCGAUAUUUGUGACGGUGGCAAUGGUAUUGCGCAGGAAACCUGAUGCUCUAACAAAUGCAUUGCCAACUUUGAGGGAGAAUCCCAAGUAUCAAGGACAGGAUAAGCUUCCAGUUACAGUUUGGAUGAUGGCUCAGGCCUCUCAAGGUGAUCUAUCAGUAGGCUUGUUAUCGUGGGCGCACAACUUGUUACCGGUUGUCAGUAGCAAGAGUUGCAAUCCUCAGUCAAGAGAUCUCAUCCUUCAGUUGGUUGAGAGGAUCGUGUCCAACCCGAAGGCCCGGACCAUUCUUGUUAGUGGGGCUGUUAGGAAGGGAGAGAGAUUGAUUCCACCUCCUUCGUUUGAGGUCCUGAUGAGACUUACAUUCCCUGCAUCAUCCGCGAGAGUGAAGGCUACAGAGAGGUUUGAGGCAAUAUAUCCCUUGUUGAAGGAAGUGUCUCUUGCUGGUGCUCCUGGGAGCAAGGCAAUGAAGCAAACCACUCAGCAAAUAUUCACUUUUGCUCUGAAAGCAGCCGGGGAAGGGAAUCCCGUAUUAGCCAAGGAAGCGGCUGCAGUCGCUAUCUGGGCCAUAACCCAAAAUGUUGACUGCUGCAAACACUGGGAGAAUCUCUAUAGCGACAAUCUGGAAGCAAGUGUGACUGUUCUCAAAAGGCUCAUAGACGAGUGGAAGGAGCGUUCUGUCAAGCUGACUCCUAGUGAAUCCCUCACUCUCAACAAAACAAUGAAGAGCCUGAGGCAAAAGAACGAGGAAGCUCUUGCUGAGGGAGGAGCAAGUGGUGGAAGCCAGUCCCUUUACAAAGAUGCAGACAAAUGCUGCAAGGUGAUCUCUGGGAAACUAUCCAGUGGUAGUGGCUACUUCAAAGGUGUAGCCAUCGCUGCAGUUCUGGCUGCUGCAGGGGCUGCUGCUCUGUCUGCCAACCCCGAGGUUAUAGAGGAGCUGAAGAGCCAGGUGGAGUCAUUGGACCUCAGCAGAUUGACUGAGUCAGUAAUGACAGCUUUUAAGAACUAAAGUGAAAACAGGUGGGGGAGGGGGAGGGAGGGGAGCGAUAAGCAAAGAGAAAGUAAGUCUCUAUUUAUCGUUGUGGGUGUAGAGAAAUGUUUGAAAAGCUCUGCCUUUUUUAUGCUCUCUGAUGACAAAGUUUUUGAAACCUGAGCAGAAGAAUUAGGGAGAGGUUAGGAUGAUGAGGUUCAAACAAGUUGUAGAAGGUGUUGAGCAUGUUGUUUCUAAUUUGAGAUAAUUGGGGUUUUAUGUUCUUUUGUUUUUCUUUUCUGGAAACAAUAAAGUUAUAUUUCAGUUUUGCUCUUAUGUUAAGCUACCAGCUCAUGAAA